GCGCAGCUGUCUGGGAUUCCUUAAAGGUAAAACCAGCGGUACGUCUGAGAUUCAAAACCUCUGAUGGCAGUCCACCAUUAGGCAUUCCCGAACGGUGGGAAAAAUCGAGUUAUCAUUAUGAAAAUCCCCUAUAUUAGUGCCUGACGGAGAUACUUCAAUAGAAUGCAUUCGGUCACAGCGGACCAAGGCUAUGGUGACUCUGCGGGUUCUCCCAUCACUGGUUCAGUGGUGCAAGUGUGCUUCCCCAGGGUGCAGACCUCAGUGCUGGACAGCCUGAAUCGACAGCGUGAGGAAGGCCAUCUCUGUGACCUCUCCAUCCAUGUUCAGGGCCAAGUGUUUAUGGCCCACCGAUGUGUGCUGGCUGCAUCGUCACCUUACUUUCACGACCAGGUGCUGCUCAAGAACAUGUCCACUGUCUCCAUCCCGGCCGUCAUGGACCCCCUGGCCUUUGAGAGUGUUCUCAGUUGUGCUUACACUGGCCAGCUGCGAAUGCUUCGUGAAGACAUUGUUAACUACCUCACCGUUGGCAGCGUGCUUCAGAUGUGGCACAUUGUGGACAAAUGCACUGAGCUUCUCAAAGAGGGCAGGGGAGGUUCGAGUGGACCUCAGGGAUCUGGAGCAAAGGAAAACGAGGGGCACAGUGGUUGCCCCAACAAGGUUGCCCAAGCAGAUGGAGGAGACACCUCUUCUACAUCUCAGCCUUCAAGCCGACCUUCGUUCAAUGAGAGCCAGUCUCCUAGCAGCACCAAUUACUUCAGUCCUAGAGAGGCAAACUUUGGAGGGGGCAUGGUGACAACAGGAGCAGUAGGGGAGGGUGCCGUACACUCUACUCCAAACUACUGCACCCCUUCUGGCGGGGAGGAGGGUUUUAUGAUUGAAGAAGAUGAAGACGAGGAGGAGCUCUUGUUUCCCAGGAAAAGAGAGCGCGGAGUAGGCAGCAAGCGGAAGAACACAACCUCUGUCUCCGAUCAAGAGGUUGGGGUGAGCGACAGUUUUGGAGUUUCUUCUUAUCAAGAUGGAGAUUCCUCACCACCCCAAAAGCGUCCGUCAUAUAGUCAGCCAAGCAUCAUGCCAAGGAAACAGUGGGUGGUGGUAAAGACGGAGCACUCGAGAGACGACGACCUGAUCGUGGUGUCAGGAGAGGAAGGAGGUGAAGAUGAAGAGGAGAGAGAGAUGGAGAUGGUCAGAGAAAGAGACAGGACAUUUAACAUCUCCAAUGUUAGGACCCUUUCUGGAAUUCGAGAAGAUGCUGAAUUGGAGGCACAGGUUGACUAUUGCCAGUCCUCAGAAGACUACCUCAAGUAUGAGAGGGGUUUGAUGGACCAAACAUCCUCUCAACACCCUCCUGACAAUCCCAUUCAAUGUACCAGUAGGGCCGUUUCCAACAUGCUUAGCUCAGUUCAGUCUUCGGCCGCAAGAGCUCAGCUCUUCCCUCUGGAUAUGCAAGGAAACCAGAUUCUUCUGUACAAUCAGGCUGCCCUAGAAUCUUCAUCUCCAUUAGGGCUUGCCGGAGGUAUGUCUGGUGUUUCAUUAAAAGGAAGCCUGGAGCACGGGGCAGUCAAUUUACCUGCCCAAGGGGCUCUGAGUAGUGGAAUAGAAGGAUUAGAAGGUGGGGCUGGCGGUUCCGGUAAGGCCUUCAUGUGUCAUUGUGGGAAAACGUUUUCGCACAAGAGCAUGCGGGACCGCCACAUCAACAUGCACCUGGACCUGCGGCCCUUCAACUGCCCUAUCUGUGCAAAGAAGUUCAAGAUGAAGCAUCACCUCACCGAACACAUGAAGACCCACACUGGUCUGAAACCCUAUGACUGCCACAGCUGUGGGAAGAAGUUCAUGUGGCGCGACAGCUUCAUGAGGCAUCGCUCGCACUGUGAGAGACGCAACAGGGGUGCUGGCAGUGCCAACAGGAGAGUAGGGUCGGAAGGGUCCAUGAUUUCUCCACCACAUCACAUGAAGAUCCAUCCCUCAGGCAAUGAGCCCAGUCAAGGUAGCGUUGGCGCACAAAGUGGGAUCUCUGUUGUGUCUCCGCAACAUUCGAUUAGCAGCAAUGGCAUCUCGUGUCUCAACAUGGCAGCACCUGGGCCUCUUCUAGGAAUCAGUUCUCAAACUGGGGCGCACAGCCUUGGUUCUGGUAUUUUAGGGAUGAGUGGCAGCCGUAGCGGCUGUGUGGAGGACGUCUGUGAGGGGAAUGUUGAUGAAAGCAGUGUCACAUAGGCUGUUAAAAGAAUGUUCCCGGUUCAAGACGAGGUAAGCUCAAUGGACAGCAUUUGUGGCAUAAUGUUGAUUACCUCAAAAAUAAUUCAGACUUGUCCCUUGUUUAUUUAAAAAAAUACAAAUAAACAAGGGACCGCAGUUACAGUAUACACCACUUACAAUGGAAGUGAAUGGGGCCAGACAAUAAACAUCAAAAUACACACAGAUUCAAAAGUAUAGCCUCAAGGCGUAAAUAUUUUAUGCGUUAACAUGAAUUUGGUGUGAAAAAAUCAGGGAUUUACUGACAUUACAGUGUUUACAAGAUUAAAAGGUUUAUUGCUGUCAUGUCUUCAUGGUAACAAAGUUGUAAUAUUGGAUAUAACUUUACACAGAUAAGGUAUGCAAGCGAUUUUAUUAUGCUAAAAUCAUGUUAACACAUGUAAUGUUUAUGUCUUGUGGCUAUACUUUCGAAACCAUGUGUAUAUUAGCUUUUGUCGUCUGGCCCCAUGUACUUCCAUUGUAAAUGCCUUACUGUAACAUAUUUGAUUUUUUUCAAUAAACGAGGGACGAGUCGAAAUUAUUUUUGUGGUAAUCAAUAUUAUGCCACAAAUGCUGUCCAUUUGAGCUUAUUUUUUAUUGAAUAUGGAACAUUCCUUUAAGCUACGGUGUUUCAUUUCAAGACAAGGACACUCUUGUGAUUUUCAUCAGUUUUAAAGGGACCACAUGCACAAUUGUCUGAUUCUUUACCUCAUCCCAUGUGGUGUGUUUGGAAAUAAUACGAAUUACCAAGUGCCCAUUGCAAGCUUACCUGUGUAUCUAGUUCUUAAAGAUGUUUAAGAUCAAUGGAACCUUAUUCUGGCCAGGAAUACGGUCACUCACUGUUGCAUACAAGCUGCCUCACUAGCACAGAACAUUUGUUUGCUGUUGCUCUAAAGUGCCAUUCUGUUAAUAUACGAUUGUGUUGUAUGGUGAACAUCACUAUAGCAGUCAAAUGACUAUAUACAGUAUAUUCCCCCUUUGAAAUUUAAUUUGAUUUCUUAAAGGGAAAGUUCAACCAAAAAUGACAGUUGUCUAAUUUAAUUACAUGUUGUUCCAAACAACUUAUUUCUUCUAAAUGCUUAGAACCCUAUAUGCUUUUGUGUUCCACAGAAGACAGAAAGUCAUACAGGUUUAGAAUGACAUAAUGGUGAGUAAACAGUGACUACAUUUCUAUAUUUUUUUGAACUAUCCCUUUAAAUAACAGGCAUAUAGCUUCCUCUGCACUUUGGUGUCUUUAUUGCUUGGAAGCAGUGCAGGGAUUUGUAAAUGGUUGGAUUGCUGAAUUAAUCAACUAAUGGUCCAUUUUUGCAUUUCUAUAUACAGGUGCAUCUCAAUAAAUUAGAAUGUUGUGGAAA